GUAGUGACCCUCCGACUCGCUCCUCGGAGGUGAGCCUAUUCGAAUGGCUGAUAUUGACUGGACGCUCAUGGGCUGCAGUCUAGACAGGAGACCCGGGACCGGCUUCGGCGACUGGAAUCACGCCUGGAGCGUAUCGAUGGAUUCUUUCAGACGUUGGUGGAUCGCGCGCCACAAGACGCCAUGCUCUCCCCGCAGGCUCAACCGUUUCUACCAAGAAUAUCGCAGAGCCCGACAGAAGCAUUCAAGCCGACCCAAGGCAUCUCACAACCCCAGCUGUUCGACGCAUCUAGAUGCCCACGUCCACCGCCGGAAAUCUUGGCCCACCUGGUGAACGCAUAUGCAGAGAGAGUGCACGACCAGCCGCUGCCACUUUUCGACAAAGAGAAAUUGCACAUCCAGAUCAGACAAUUUCCCGAAUUUCUCCUGCACGCUUUCCUGGCGCUCACACUGCUCUUCGUAGAGCCCCAAUUCUACGGGGACGCCAGAACCGAAGCGAUUGAGCUGUACCUCCGCUCCGUUCGCCCAACGGUCAUCCAACUUGCGGCGGAGGGAAACCCUUCGGUUCCAGUACUGCAGGCGUUGUGCCUGCUCACAUUAAGUGACGUCGCUGCUGGCCGACACGCGCAAGUCUGGAUGGAUGUUGGCAUUGCUGCCAGGCUUGUCCUUUGUCUGUCACCGGCUGGAAUUGGGUUGGCUACAGACUCGUCCUCCACGCGUGACGACCAAACACGGUGUUGCUGGAGUGUGUAUAUUCUUGAAAGGGCUUUCGCCCCGGGCCCACUGUUGCUGGGAGUUAGCAGUCACCCGCUGGCUCAGCUGGGAUACCCUACCAGCCCACCGCGACCACGCUCGCUUGUAGCCAACGAUGAUGGCUCUGUGCCCACGGCCUUUGCUAGCAAUGCCGCGGACCUCGGGAUACACGCGUACUGUCUACAAGUCACCGAGCUCUGGUAUAAAGUACUGGGAUACCUGCGACAGCGCCUUGCCAAUCCGACCGAUGACCCGUGGCUCGUCUCAUCCCCCCAUCACACUUUGGUGGCGCAAUAUUACGAGUUCGAAACGGGGAUCUCGCAACUGCACCGCUAUCGGAACGUCGGCUUCCAUACCAUCACUCCCACCGAGCUCCUGCAGCACAAGGAGUACUGGACGGCGUGGCUGUAUUUGCAGAUGACCUUCCACGCUGGGCAGGCUCUGCUGCAUCAUCCCCUCUUUCAUAUCACCCAUGUGCGACGCGCGUCGUCCAAGUUUCAACCGCCGUCGUUUCUCCAACAGACGAUCGACCAGGCACUCCAGCACUCGGGCUGGCCUACGCGCUUAGUCCGAACAUGGGAACAGCAUGGCGUUGAAAUCAAUGAUCCUUUCUUAGGCCACCUGAUCGCGACAUGUGCUAGCAUCCACUGGAUGUUCCAGUUUGCGAGUGACAAAACCAUUGCAGACAGUGCCCGGCGGGACUUUGCGCAAUGUCAACGCUUUCUGACCGGGCUGAUGACUCGAUGGCCACAUAUCACUGGGAUGGUGAAGAAACUCGCGUACUUGCAGAGUCUGUCAGCGCAAGGCAUUGGGGCGAGUAGCAUUCCCCCUUUCAAAUGGUCGGCAAUGUGGGAUUUGUUGGAUCCGAACUCCCCGCAUAGCAGCGUCGAGGAGUCUCAUUUAGCUUUCGUGCCUGGUGGCCAACAGAUUGCCACCCAACACCUGGUGCCGUUACGAGAGUCGCCGGAGGAAGAUGUUCUGCCUCCGUCGGAGUGGACGAACAGCGACUUUUUCAGCCUGCUGGACGUGCCAUAUUUCGGGCAGAGUUCGUCGCAACUGCUGCCAGACUACCCCGGAGAGCUGUGAAUAGAGUCGGUAUAUUUAUUACGUACAGCAUGGAUUCUCUCCGCAUUUCCACCUUCCGGGCCGGUCAAAAGUGGGCACGGUCCGGGAGUGAGCCAGUGAAACCGUUCCCACCCGCCCGCCAAGCUUUCCAUGUGGCC